AAUCCUCUCUCUCUUUCUCUCUUACUCCAAGAAAAUGUCAGUCAACCAUUACCACCACCACAACACUCUCUCGUUGCAGCAGCACCAACAACAUAUACACCACCAAAACGACCUCUCCCUUGCACAAAGAGAGUCUUUGUUCGAGAAAUCCCUCACGCCAAGCGACGUCGGUAAGCUCAACCGCUUAGUCAUACCAAAACAACACGCCGAGAAAUACUUCGCUCUCAGUAAUAAUAAUAAUAAUGGCGGCGGAGGAGGAGGGGAUGACGUGGCGACGACGGAGAAAGGGAUGCUUCUUAGCUUCGAGGACGAGUCAGGCAAGUGCUGGAAAUUCAGAUACUCUUAUUGGAACAGUAGCCAGAGCUACGUGUUGACCAAAGGGUGGAGCAGGUACGUCAAAGACAAACACCUCGACGCAGGCGACGUCGUCUUCUUCCAGCGACACCGUUUCGAUCUCCAAAGACUCUUCAUUGGCUGGCGGAGACGCGGCGAGGCUUCUUCCUCUCCCGGCGCCGUGUCUCAAGAAGCUUUGGCCGCGAAUACGACGGCGUUUUGGACACCUUAUCGUCAAGUACACGCGUCAACUACUUACCCUAAUAUUCACCAUGAGUAUUCACACUACGGCGCCGCCGCUGAUCAGGCUCAGUCGACACCGACUGUGGUCGCAGGGAGCUCGAGGACGGUGAGGCUCUUUGGCGUUAACCUCGAAUGUCACGGUGACGCUGUCGAGCCACCACCACGUACCGACGGCGGCUACAGCGGCCAACACAUUUUCUAUUACUCAACUCCUCACCCCAUGGAUAUAUCAUUUGCUGGGGAAGCAUUGGAGCAGGUAGGAGAUGGACGAGGUUGAUUGAUAGAUGAUGAUGAUGACAUCCAAAAACAAGUGACCAAACCUUUUUAUUAGAUUUUUUUUUUAACUUUAGAUAAUGGGCCCAUACUUGGCCCAAUUGUCAUAGAGAAAACCACCCAAAAAAACAGGAGGAGAAAUUAAUACCAUCAGUCAAGGUAGCUUCGUUAAUGUAUUUAGUAUUUAACUAAUUUCAAAACAAAAAUAAAAAUAAAAUAAAAGAGGAGAUUUUUGUUCUUCCUAUAUGC